CCACCAUGCAGCUGCUGUGUGAGUUGCUCCAGGGAGCCCCGCCCUCGAGGAGUAAGGUAGCUCCAGAGAGCCCCUACAAUGGAUUUCCUAUGGCUUAUUGACCUCCCUGGAAGACUCUCGCCUUCACUGAGACUUCUGUUCAGCCGGACGCCCGAUCCGGCCUCCAUCGCUUACACAUUCGCGCAUGCGCAAAUAUUGGUGGCCUGAACCGAAAUCACGUGUUUUUCACGUGCCGCGAAGUGCAAGUAUACGGAAUAAACCGCCAUUUUUUGCGUGGCCGUGUUUCUUGCCUCCUCCGCCCGCGCUCCGUCGUUUGUCCUCCCUCUCCCCGUCCACCAUCACCGGAUCAUGUCCGCUUCCCAGUCGCCAGAACUAUCGGAUAUCCACACCGGCGGAGGCCCCAGCACAGUGGCGGAGACUCUUCAAGUCUCUACCGAGCCAGCCACCAUAUCCAUCGGGACUACGCCGCUCUCUGCUGGCGCUGUCGUGAGCGAGUCCCACGCGGUCGGGGCCAGCAUCUCCGUACCCCCGGAGACCUCGGGCGGCGUGGAGCGCUCUUCAACCGCUCUCCUGAACCUCGCCUCCAAUUCUCUGAGUCUCACGGAGAUCCUGAACGCUCAGCAACAGGCGUUGGAGCAGUUUCAGUGCCAGCUGCAGUUGGCGCAGCAGACGGAGGCGAUAAACCAGCGACUGGACGCCAUCGAGAGGACCCUGAACAGUCUCAUUCAGCAGAAGGCCCAGGAAGAUGCGGAGAAGAAGGCACAGCAGGAGCAAGCCGAGCAGCAAGCUGCCGUCGCUGCAGCUCACCUGCAACAGCAAGAACAGCAGCAAGUGGACCGACUGACUUCUACACCGGUGAGGCCUUCACAGCAGGUGCCGUCUUCCCCCAGCGAUCUCUCUGAACUGGACAAGAAGAGAAAACUACCGAGGGAGCUCUGCGCAAAGGUGCGCUCUACUUACCAUUCCCUCAAUUUGGAGUUCAAGAUUGAUGAGAGGUUCCUAAGUCCCGCCAAUCAGAGGGUGACGGACUCUCUCAUAGACAAUGUGUACAACGACACUGGAGGAGCCUACACUGCUAAAGACAUCAAGAGAGCCACGCAUCGUUACUACGAGUCUCGUCGACGACUCGGCAUCGAGGAUAUGCCAGAGAGACAGGAGAAGGCGGCCGAGCAGAGGAAGAAGAGGAAGUAUCGUGCGCGGCAACAGCGUGCGUACGAUCGCCGCCGGAAGUUGAUCCGUGAGAGCGAGGUUCGUUACUGGGAGCACGUGACCCCGGCGUGUAUGACGGAAGAAAGUGACUCUGAAAAUGGAGAGAAAAUUGUCCUCCAUUCCCUCCUCUGGAGAUCAGAAUGUGAGUCACAUGACUUUCUCAUUAUAGUCACGUGAUCUCACGUGACUAUUUCUCUUUACCUUUCUGUUCUAACCUUUCUCUGCAUUUUUCUGAUGCAAACACAUUCUUAUAAUUAUUAUCUUCUUCUUUUUCUCUUUUUUUCCCCGCACUAGUUCUGAACCAGUUUAUGCAGAAGUUGGACAAUCGCUAUGAGCGAAGUCUGAAGACCACCAAGAUAUCGACGGUCAAGAGAGAUCGCGCGGUGGGAGCUCCGUCCACCAGCCAGCCCCCCAUCUCGCUGCCCAGCUGGAUGAUCGAUCCCUCGUACAAGAGACCCACUCCUAUACCCACCAGUACCACAGUGUGCAUGGACCCUGCCGUGGACCCUGAUAACUCAUCCUUGGGGGAAGAGGUGACCUACACAUCUCUCAUUGGAGGUAUUCAAGACGUCAGAGAUGACUCUAGUGAUUUCGAACUCCCUGACUCCAUUGUCAGCUAGACCUUUCCUACUUUCAUAGCAACCACACUUCUAGAGCCUUCUCUAAAUGUAGCCCAUCACACACUGUAUAUAUACAUUUCCCUCCCCCCACUUCUGUACUUGUUGUCAUUAUCAGUUGUUAUAUAUAUUGAGACAAGAAGAGGAACUAGCUGUGAGGAAUGAUAGACCUCAUCAAUUGUCUUAUGGAGUCAUCUUGCCUGAUGAUUGUGGCCUUCAGUGAACUGAUCUUCUCUCUCUGUGAGAGGAAGACAGCCAGUUAAUACUGAGGGUCUCUAUUGGUGAUAGAACUUCACCUCUUCUUCAAUGUGCAGCUCAACAUCCUCUAGCUGGGUCUUGAGAGGAACCAGUUCAUUCUCUGUUAUACUCUCCUCUCUGCGAAGGCUCUCCUUGUGGCCGCUGUUCUCUGUCCUCCACCUCUCCAGCUCUUGUAUCAUCGUGUCGGUGUCCUCCUGGGUGCGUGUGUGUGUGACAGCAGUGAGUGUAUCGGAAAUGAUAUAAAGGUGGUUGAUUGUUGAAACUCAGAGAAGAAAGAAAUCGUAAGAGGUGGCAUUGUUAGAUCUUUAACAAGGAUCCUCUGAAUAAUGGUUCAGUAAGGGACGCCUCUGAAUAAAGGACACUUUUAA